CUCCCCUGCACACUGGGCUGCGUGACUGUGGCGAGCCACUCUGGAGGGUGAGGCCUGUGCCCUGGGUGGACGGGCACAGUGAGAGUGAAGUCUUUUAAGGAGUCAGAAGUGGGCCUAAGCGUGCUGUGCGUGGGGAAGAUGCAGGCCUGCAUGGUGCCAGGGCUGACCCUGUGCCUCCUGCUGGGGUUGCUCACAGGGGCCAAGCCAGUGCAGGAGGACGACCCCUACGCUGAGCCGCCAGCCAUGCCCUACUGGCCUUUUUCCACCUCUGACUUCUGGAACUACGUGCAGUACCUCCAGACCCAGGGUGCCUACCCCCAGCUGGAGGACCUGGCCCGCACCUUCUUCGCACACUUCCCCCUGGGGAGCACCCUGGGCUUCCACGUCCCUUACCAGGAGGACUGAGUGGCACUGGCCAUGCCCCAGGGCAGGUCCGGAGUCACCAGGGCCACUGGUGAGGGCUGGCCCGUGCCCAGCGAGCUCCAGCAGACCUGUGGGUUUCUUUAAAACAGCUGUGCACAGCCCCUCCACUACUUCACGAGAGAACCCGCGUGACUCUGGUUGCUGGUGAAUAUGCCUUCAAUAAACGUGCGCAGUUUCAGUCCACGAGGCAUCCACA